UCAAACUCAAUGAAUUAAGGAGCUCGGGCCUGGUUUUUGGAGGCGGGGCAGUCAGUCGUUGUGAUUCGCCCAGGCCGGUACUAAAUUGUGUUGUUUAAGGUGGCUCCAUCACCACCCAAUAAAUCCCACUUAGUUUUGUUCCACUUUGCAUUGCAGGCCAGCAGCCACGUUGCUUGCUAGCCCUUGCCACAUCAUCCCACCAGCCCACCAGCCUUGCCCAACUUGACCAGUCCCUCAGAGACCAUCCCACCAUUCCUACACCAUCCCACCAGUCCCCUCACACAUCAUCCCACCAGUUCCCUCACACACCAUCCCACCAGUCCCUCACACACCAUCCCACCAGUCCUGCACACACCAUCCUGAGUCCCACACACACCAUAUCACCAGGCCCUCACUCACCAUCCCACAAGUCCUGCACACACCAUCCCACCAGUCACUCACACACCAUCCCACCAGUCCUGCACACACCAUCCUGAGUCCCACACACACCAUAUCACCAGGCCCUCACUCACCAUUCCACCAGUCCAACACUAUCCCACCUCACACACGAUCCUUCCAGCCCACACCGUCCCACCAGCUCUCCGCACCAGCCUACAAGCCCACUAGUCCUGCUGCACCGUGCCAAUCUCCUCCACACCAUCCCAGCAACUCCAUCUCUCACCAUCCCACCAGUUCCUUCCACACCAGCCUCUCCUAUAACAGCCUUCCAGCCCCUCCACAACAUCCCAGCAGCAUCACCAGGCCUCCCCGCCACCAUCCCAGCCCCGCCCUAGCAUGAGCCGGCUAGCGCCGCCCAAGCGCGACGCUGCCGCCUCCUCCGACGAGGAGGUGCUGGACGACGUUCCGAUCGACGACUUCACGGCGUCGACGCUGCAGCUGGCGGCCAGCCCGUCGCCGGCGCCCGAGGCCGACCGGGCCGUGUCGGAGGAGGCGGUGCCGGUGGCGCGCGUGCCGCCGCCGGCCGGCACCAUCUACGCCCCGGACGGCGCUGUCUCGCCAACGGCCACGCCGCCCACUGGCGGCGACUCGCCGGCCGGCAGUGAUGCCAACUCGAAAACAUUCUUUUCCACGCGUUCUGGCGCGUUUGAGUCGGCGGUCAGCAAAUGCAAACUGGUGCUGCUGCCGUCGGAUGGCAAGUUCCACAGCGCCUGGCUACUGACACUGAUCGACCACUGGGACGUAGAGAAGGAGCGGCUGGUGCUGCUGACGGAGCGCGCGCUGCUGGUCAUCAAGUAUGACUUCAUCUCGCUGCAGGCAGUGGAGGUGACGCGUGUGCGCCUCAACACGCCCGACCGCGUCACCAUCGGCGAGCUCACCUACCCGCACGCCUCCAUCACGCCCCGGAUAUCUGGCAUCGCCGGCGGCCUGGUGUCUGUGGUGAAAGGCUGCCUGUUCGGCCGCGUCGGCCAGACGCUCAGCCAGCUGCGCCAGUGCGCGCCUGGCCAGCGCGACUCGGGCACCGUCUCGACUGCCGACGGCAUCAGCUUCCAGCCCAGGUACCGGCGCGCAGUGGGCGUGCGCAUCAGCUGGGACUGUGGCCGGCCGCUCUCCCUGGCUCAGAACUGGAACCCGCUGGCCCGCGACAUCCCCUUCAUCACGCUCACAUCGCACUCGCUCUUCUGGGACAGGAGCGAGGAGCCCGGUCACCAGUGGGAGCGGUACAGCGUGCAGGCGUUCAGUCGUCCGCUACUGGAGCUGGUGGGCAGGGAACAGGAGCGCCCCGACACACCCUCCCACUGCGUCGUCGAGCGCGCACCCAUCGUCAUCAGCAACUACGUCGGCGUCUUCAGCCUCCUGCACAACGCCACUGACCUGGGCUUCUUCAAGAACCGCGGGCGUGUCAGCUUUUAGGCCAGCUCGGCUGGCCCGCCGUUUUCUGAUCUGAUCCGGUUGUGUCCGGUUUGGGCGGGUUUGAUCAGGUACGCUCCAGUCGGACGAAGGAGACACGGCGGUGAGUUGGACUGACGGUCGCGAUGUUCGCUCCCGGUUCCGGGGCACGUCAUGCGGCAGCUGUGUGGGGGAGCAUGUAGUCUUCUGAUAACGCUGAAUGUAUUGGUGGGAUGACGCGAGUUUUUGAGUGGUCCCACCAGUUACCAACGUUAAGCGUUUCCCGGUUAAGAACCAAGUGAUAUUGUUUUGCCGUGCAUGUAUUCAUGACAUGGUGUGCGAAUAUUAUGCGCUAAGACAGACCGGUGAUUUAUUUGACGUGUUUUUUCUUGUUUUAUCUUUUUUCUUAUGUGCCUCCAUGUUCAGAUAUAAAAUCUUUCUUGAUGGAGUAGCAGUGCCGAGUAGACAACGCCGCUCUGCUUGUUCUAUUACAUAGCUGAAGCGCAGCAUUGCAGUGACCGGGACGAAACUUUCUCUCGAACGAUAAAGACUGCCGACAUAUACUUAUCUAGGGCUAGAGUGGCGUAUAUUGUAUCAACUGUACCAAAUAUUAAAAGACAAUGACUGCUGAUUUAGUUGCGUGUCCUCAAGGCUUGGACGCACGAUAAUCGCUUUGAGUUUAAAGGUCCAAUUAAUUAAUUGGUACAUGGCCGAUCACGGGAACGAAAUAUGCGUCUUGCACCGAGAUCUUAGCAACGGAACCGAAAAUUUCGGCGACGAUCUGGGCAUGUCACGCGCGUGCCAGCGGCGGCACGUGGCUGACUUACCUUCCUGAGCAUGCGUUUCAGCAGAGUUGGUGUGCUGAGCAAUGUCAAGAGUGUGGCUGUGGUUCGAGGCAUUUCCAUACAUUCCAGUGAUGUUGUGAUGUGAACUGUUCCUAAAUCGCUCCCGGUGCGGCGCUUUGACCCGUUCUAUUCAUUCACUAGUCAUUCUCUCUACAGGCGUGUUGUUUUGCAAUGUUUAUACUUGUGACAUCCGCAUUUAUGACAUGUUUGGGGCGUCGUUGCUGUUUGGAGAUUGUAGGCCAAAUGCCUCUCCGCCGUAGCAGCGGUCGUCGCUUCUUUCUGCCUUCUAGAUGCGAAAUGGGUCUAACAACCAAAUAAACAGGGUAAGAUGUA